AUGUAUCUAGAUCAAUGGGUGACUUUAAAAGAACACUUUAAGGAAGCCGGUAGAACAGAAAAGUGUUAUAAAGCAAAAACACUGUAUAAUAUGUACAGUGAUGUAAAUAACCAGAUGUAUUUUAUUCUCCUUAAGCCAAUUUUAUCUGAAGCACAGCAUAUAAAUAAAUUAUUUCAAUCAAAUACCGCAGACCGAACCAAAUUAUUAGAUGAUCUUGUUUUAUUUAUUGAAGGGCUAGCUCGUAAAGUUGUCACAACAGAAUGUAGAGCAAAUUUAUUAGAAGUUAACAUACAAAAUUAUUUACAUCCUCACCCACACCUUGGAUACGAGUUUGAAGAAAAAUGUAGAACACUUAAAAUUAAGCCAGAUGUUGAAAAGAUAAUCCGUGGUGUAGUGAUCAAUUUUAUAAUAAACCUUGUCACUGAACUUCAAAAAAGACUUCCAGACAAUAUAAAGACAUUGAAAAAUACAUCACUUUUAUCUUCGGAAAAAUGUUUAAACUCAACUAAAGAUUCAAUUGUACCAUUAUCAAAGUGUGCCUGA